UCCCUUCGGCACCUGCUCUUGGGUCGGAACCGGAUCCAAGACGCCUGGGGCGUGGAGCGUCUGAGCAGGAACGUGACGCACUUCGACUUCUCCGGCAACCGCCUGGGGGACCUGGGUCAGCUCUGGGGUCAACUUGGAGAGAUCCCGAACCUGCGUUUUCUGAACCUUUCCGGCAACACGCUGGCCAGGUGCUACUGUGUCGGGAAGAGCCCGAGGCAGCUCCGGGAGUUGGACCUUUCCCACAACGCGCUGGGGGAUAUUUGGGGAGAAGAGAAAUGUGUGGACGUCUUCCGGGACGCCCAGAAGCUAGCCGUCUUGAAUCUCAGCUCCAACGCCUUGCGGACGUUGCCCAGAGCGCUAUUCCAGACCCUGGUGUCUUUACAGGUUCUCGAUCUCUCCUCCAAUCUGCUGUCCGAGGUUCCGGAUGAGGCCUUCCACGCUCUGAGAUCCUUACGCACCUUGAGCGUCCGGGGUAACCCCCUGCUGACCCUCUCUCCUGCCCCGUUCGCGGCCCUGGAAGGGCUGCGCUCCCUGGAUCUGAGGGACGUGUCUUUGAUUUGUGACUGCCGGCUCUCGGACUUCCAGCUCUGGAUGGACGAAAAGGCGACCGGGCUGAGCGAAGGCGAGGCCACGCUGUCUUGCGUCCAGCCACACCCUUCGUUCUGGCGGCUCUCCUUGCCCGCCUUUCUGAAAAGCCACUGCCUUCCUCUGUCGCCAAAGGCCAGCGGGCACAUAAGUCACUCCCGUGAAGGGGAAAUGAAAAUGAUUUAGGAUAGCAAAAAGCUUCAAUUCAAUUAAAAGUUAAAAAAUUUAAUUAUAAUGUUUUAAUAUUUUGGGGGAAAAAAAAUUAAGAAAUGAUUUUUG